AUGCCAGUGGCCAUCGGAGUCUCUGUCACUGUCAUCUAUCUCUGUGUUCUGUUUCCUUCAGGAUUGAAGACCUACCUGAUCUCAGGGAGAAAGGUGGAGCCGUGCUACUGUAGCUGUUCCCAGCUGGGCCUGGUUGGCCUGGAGCCUGGGGGGGACACCCGCUGUCCCACACCCCGUGCCCACACCCCAGAUGGAGCCCCCAGAGCCCCCUCAGCCUGUGGCCUACCCCAGAGAGGGGCUCCCGACAGGGCCAAGUCUCAUUGUCUCUCCUGCAGUGCGGCUGUAGUUCCAAAGGAGGAUCAGGUUCUGGAGAAGGGCACGGUGCAGAACGGUUGCCAUGACGAUCACACGACCAAUAGCAGCAAGGACACCUCAUCUCUCAAAUGUCCCUCCCAGGCCCCCUUAGGCUGCAGCCCUAAGGCCCUGAACGGUCUGCUGAGCCCCAGGCUGGAGGAGCCCCUGACCAACAGCCAGACGUCCCUGUGUGAGAUGCUCCAGGAGAAGGAGAAGAAGUGGGGUGGAGGGGCCAUGGGGAUGGACCACUCUGCUCUCAUCCCCCUGCGCUCCAAGAACUUCAGAGAGAGGAGCGACGCUCACUUUGUGGAUGUUAUCAAAGAGGACAGUCUGAUGAAGGACUACUUUUUCAAGCCUCCCAUCAACAAGCUGAGCCACACCUUCCUGGACAGAACCCUGGAGUCUGCCUACAGGACCAGCUACCAGGAAGAGGUGGAGACCCAGGCAGCGGUACAGACCUUUGCCAGCCCUACCUUCAGCUCUUUCCUGGACAUGGUCCUGUGUUGCUCAGUGUUUCUGGCCCUCUCCCUGGCCUGCCUCCUCCGGCCCCUGCUCUCCCUCCCUGGGGCCCCCCUGCCUGCCCCGGCCCUCGCCCUGGUUGCCGUGGCCACCCUGCUGGAGGCUCUGGCGCUGGUGCUCUCUAUACGGAUGGCCUUCUACCUGGACAGCGUGAUGAGCUGCACUAGAACCCUGCUGAGGGCCAUCUCUGGCUGGGUCCCCCGUCACCUGAUAGGGGCCGUGCUGGUGUCCCUGCCCGCUGUGUCCGUCUUCUCACACGUCACCUGUGACAUGCACCUCUCCAUACAGUUCACCAUGCUCACCUGCUGUGCAGUGAUCAUUGCCAUCAUCCAGUACUGUAACUUCUGCCAGCUGAGCUGCUGGAUGCGCUCGGCCAUGGCCACGGUGGUGGGACUGGUGCUGUUCGCCCUGCUCUUCAGCCCGCCCUGCAGUUCUGCCAACAGUAUGUUAUUUUGGUCUGGCGACGCCACCAACAACAGUAACCGCAGCAGUGUUGUACAUGGUCAGCCUGAGCCCGCCGCUGACCCCGUGCCCCGCCUCCAGGACCUGCUGGGCCCCGAGGUGGGAGUGGCCUUCUUCCUGCUCCUCCUGCUCGUCUGGUUCCUCAACCGCGAGUUCGAGGUCAGCUACCGCCUCCAUUACCACGGCAACGUGGAGGCCGACCAGCACCGCAUCAAGAUCCAGAACAUGAGGGACCAAGCCGAUUGGUUGCUUAGGAACAUCAUCCCCAUCCACGUGGCAGAGCAGCUCAAAGUGACUCAGAGUUACUCCAAAAACCAUGGUAAUGUUGGUGUGAUUUUUGCCAGUAUCGUUAACUUUAGCGAGUUCUACGAGGAGAGUUACGAGGGCGGCAAGGAGUGCUACCGCGUGCUCAACGAGCUCAUCGGUGACUUCGAUGAACUGCUUCGCGAGCCGCCCUUCAACAACAUCGAGAAGAUCAAGACCAUUGGUGCCACGUACAUGGCGGCGGCUGGGCUGAACGCGCAGCAGUGCGCCGAGACGCCGCACCCUCACGGCCACCUGCGGGCGCUGUUUGACUUCGCACUGGAGAUGAUGCGCGUGGUGGACGACUUCAACAAGAACAUGCUGGGCUUCAAGUUCAAGUUGCGCAUCGGUUUCAACCACGGUCCUUUGACUGCAGGGGUGAUUGGCACCACUAAGCUGCUCUACGACAUCUGGGGCGACACUGUGAACAUCGCCAGCCGCAUGGACACUACGGGCGUGGAGUGCCGCGUGCAGGUGAGCGAGGAGAGCUACUGCGCCCUCAGUGCCAUGGACUACAACUUCGACUACCGCGGCACAGUCAACGUCAAGGGCAAAGGUCAAAUGAAGACCUUUCUGUUCCCCAAGAGUGCCGACAGCGGCGCCCCCGUGCCUCAGUACCUGCUCUCCGUCUCGCCAGAGAUCCGGGUGCAGGUGGACGGGAGUAUCGGGCGCUCGCCAACAGAUGAGCUCUCUAAUAUGGUGCCUAGCUCCAUCUCUGGUGUACCCAGUACCACCAGUCCCUCGCUCAGCUCUGGGGUGUCCACGGGUCUGCUGCGGCCUGAGAGGGGGGUGGUGGAGGCUGGAGAUAGGCCAGACAGUCGGCAACAAUACUACUGUAGCCCUACUACUACAGAGACCAUCGCAGCCAGACGCUCCUCCUCAUCAUCCUACGUUGGUCUAGCCUCCCUGCCUAUCACUAGUCAAGCUGGAGCUACUUUGAAAGUCAAACAACCAAAUCUGUCCAUCACUAAUAAAGAUGAAACUCCUUCAACCAGCGUCCAACAACCAAGUCUACCCGCCACUAGUCUAGCUGGAGCUCUUUUGACAGUCCAACAACCAAAUCCACCCAUCAAUAAUAAAAGUGAAACUCCUUCAACCAGCGUCCAACAACCAAGUCUACCCGCCACUAGUCUAGCUGGAGCUCCUACAACAAACGUCCUCCAACAACCAAAACCUGUGGUGCCUGCCUCCCUCCAGUCUCUCUCCCCUCAGAAUGCCACAGCAACUGAGUCACGGAAGGAGGUGGAAAAAGAGAAAGAGGAGCAGGACGAUGAUGACAUUAUUGGCGAGCUAACGAAACUCUAAGACUGUUAUGUCUGCGAUAGUUUUUUGCAUCAGCCUUCAGCCCUUUAAGCACGGCCUUUCUUGCAUUCCUGCCAGUUGAAGCUUAUUAUGGAACAGUCAUAUGUGACGAGAAGGCAUACAGGAGGGAGCACCUAAAUGGCAGACUGUAAGAAACCAGUUUCUGGCUCCUCUGUUGUCAAUUCCUCUCCAGGUUCGUGCUCAUUAGGACACACCUUUGUUAAUCUUUUUGCAACUGUAUGCGAAAAUGAGCGUUUCUUAUUGAACAAGUUCAGAUACUACGUCUGUUUUCUUCCCGUUCAUGUCCACUGAACACGACCGAUGUAUCUGGUGGCCACAGUAAGAGUGAAUAAGAAGAUAGGGAAAGUACGAUGGGCGCUAUUACUGAACUUAUGUUGCUAUAGAAACCCAGCCUCCUAUGAUCUACUUGAUUCUCACUAACAUCUUUAGUCUUUUGUUGUUGUAUGUUUUUGGCUUUUUUUUUCUCGCCUUUGUUUUUUAUGUCUUGAUUAAGUGCCUUUAGCACAAAAUAAUGUGUAGAACAAGCUGGUCUGGACGAGGAAGGAAGAAGAAGCAGAAAGGGGAAAGAACACUGGGAAAGACUGCUACACUACCAAACUGUGAACCUUAUGUACAUUUUAAGGCAAAAGCUUGGUUUCUGUCAGUUUGUUAUAGUUGUCUUUGGUCUGUGUAGCUAUGAAAUUGCUUGUAUUACUGUAGUUAAGGAGUUUACAAGAAUCGGAGCAAUAAGAAAUGCCACAGUGAAGAGUGAAUGAUGGGUUACAAAGGGAAGCAAGAUGGAGUCGUCUUUUCACAGUGAAUCACUUUGUCUAAGAAAAGCACAGGCCUCGCACAACGCUCUCAGACAAACCCACAACAAUAUCGACAACAUCAGUCGGAAGGCUUGACUGUGUGCUUGUGUCUGUGCGCUACACUACAGUAAUAACUGCCAUCCACGGCCUCAUGCGGAGAGGUGGCUGUAAGUUGUCAUUCUGCAACUGAUGAAACCGUGGGGAGAAGGUGGGGAGUGUGAUUAAGACAUAAUGAAAUCCCUCUGGCUGAUGUGGUAUCUUUUCUCCUGGCCCUGGUUAAAAGUAAGGACCUCUGUCUUACUAGCCUCAAGCCGUCAACUAGACCUUGGUAAUAGUAAUUAGGGCUGAAUCCUAACUCCCACUUAAGUCUGUUUUAAGUCAAAGUCUCCAAUUGACAUCAAUGCAUGACUAAGUGAAAAUGUUUAAGUUAGGACUUGACCCUAACUCUUUAACAUAUCACUAAUUAGCUUCAGCUGCACAUUAGCUCUGCAAGUCUAUAAAGCUAACUUUUAGCACCACAGGUUGGUUCAUGUGCCAUAACCUCUUCCUAGUAUUUUACAGGAAUGCAAUCUGUUGUUAGGCUACCGUUGUUGAGUUUUGAAGUGCACCCCUCUAGGUAGGCCUCCUAAUAGGUAGUUUCUAUUGAACGUGCUGGUGUGCUUACAAUACAGUUAACAAUCUGCUCAAAUUGUUACAUGUGCGUCAUGUACAUAUCAUGUGGAAUAGGCAAGAGCACAACCAGAUCCGGGACCAGGCUAGUAGUCUCUUGUGACGGACCUGAGUUAAGAUGUUGAGUGAUCCAGUUUAACGGAAUGGUAGAUUGGUAUAUUGACCUUCAAAUAGGACUUGAUCUGCUAUCGCCACGCCCCCCUCUGUUACUCUACCGUCCGGCUAUUUAGAAAUACAUGCAAGGGGGAAUGCCACCGAUUCCUCUUGUUACAGCAUUCCUGCCAAAUUAGAUCCUGGAUAAUAAGGGACGUUUCUAACAUGUGUCAUGUAAACAACAUAUACAAAUAAACAUGUAAAGUCUGCAUGUUCAGUGCUACAUAUUUUCCUAUUUGUUUUGUGUGGUUUGUUUUGUUGAAGUUGAGAUCUUGUUGUUUUCUUUUUAUAUAUAUACAUGUACUGUAUGCAUUGUUUUAUCAGAACCUUUCUGGAGAUAAUUGAGUAUGGUGAACUGUACAGUGCAUAUCCUCCAACUGCAAGUCUAAUCAUCCCUGUCACUUUCUCUCUGUUUUAGUGAAAGGGCUUGGGUGCUCGGGGGAAAUAACAAAACAAGUCAUGGUACUACUAGGUUUCCAUCCAAUUGGCAACAGAUUGUCUUGUGAAUAUUCUAAAAUCUACAUGAAGAAAACCUGCGUAUUUUUCCACCAGUGGUGUGUUUCCACCAAACGGACUUGUUGAGGAUAAAAAUCAGUGCAGGAUGACAAAGUGCACACAAAAUAUACUUUUUCACUUUAGUUUUCAC